AUGUCAAACGAGAAACAAUACGAUAGUGCCCUUGACCUUCUGAGGCGACUCUCGCCUCGAGACACAUCCCUCAACCUCAACCGCAUCACCACUCUCGUGCCAGACCUCACAGAAGAUCUCCUCUCCUCAGUUGACCAGCCCCUCGACGUCCGGCGCUGUGCAAAGUCGGGAAGAGAUUAUCUACUGUGCGACUAUAACAGAGAUGGGGAUAGCCAUCGAUCUCCUUGGUCCAAUGAGUUCGAUCCACCAAUUGAUGAUGGUACCUUGCCCAGUGAACGAAUACGAAAGCUCGAGAUUGCAGCAAAUGAAGCCUUCGACGUUUACAGAGGACUUUAUUACGAGGGCGGUGUAGGAAGCACAUAUUUUUGGGACCUGGAAAAUGAUGAAUUCGCAGGAGUUGUACUGCUAAAGAAAGCCGUUUCGCCGGGAUCGAAGAGCUCAGCGGCAUGGGACAGCAUUCACGUAUUCGAGACAAGCGAGAGGGGUGUACGGGCAUCCCACUACAAGCUCACUAGUACCGUCAUCCUACAUCUUGCAAACGAGACCGAUGCCCUGGGACAGAUGAACCUGAGUGGAAACAUGACCCGGCAAGUGGAAGCUGAUAUGACUGUGGAGGAUGAUGCCAGCCAUGUGGCCAACAUCGGACGUUUGGUUGAGGAUAUGGAGCUCAAGAUGCGAAAUCUGCUACAGGAGGUAUAUUUUGGAAAGGCCAAGGAUGUUGUGGGAGACCUUCGAAGCAUACCGUCUCUGACCGAGGCGAACAAAGACAAAGCGAGCCACCGAGACAUGAUCAGGUCAAUGAACAGAUGA